UCACGUGAUGUGACGGAUGCGGUUUUUUCCCUAAAGAGCAGAUGACAUUUCGAUCGCUGCUCUAUCGUACGGAAUUUUUGGCAUCAAUCUGUUUGUUACUUGUAAUUGUCACGAGUUUGGCUCACCUUCCGUUUGGACGAGCAAACGAUUUUGAGAGCCGGAUUAUAUAAUUUGCUCUCUUAUUACUUAAAUUUUCGUCGCAUUUCCAUUCUCGUCAAAAUAUCGUGACAUUGCUCUUUAGAUGGUCUAUCGAUAGCCGAUGUCGGAGAAAAGUCCCGAGAUGAGGGAAACCGCUGCGAGAAUUUGUCGGGAUUACUUGCACGGUGUCUGGAAGCACGUUACAUCGGAGAACAUCAUUCUCAAACGCGUCAGUGGCGGUCUCAGCAAUUGGUUGUACAAUGUUGAGUUACCGGAAGAGGCAGUUCCAGUUAGAGGAGAGCCUCGGCAAGUUCUGCUGCGUCUGUACGGACAGGUACACGGGGAGAGGGCAUUGGAGGGACUCAUCACGGAAUCCGUCAUCUUUACUCUGCUCUCCGAGAGGAGGCUUGGUCCCAAGUUGCACGGGAUAUUCCCUGGCGGUCGCAUAGAGGAGUACAUACCCGCUCGACCUUUGCUCACGAGAGAAUUGGCGGAUCCGACGCUGAGCCUGUUAAUUGCGGAGAAGAUGGGACAGAUACAUAUGAUGCAGGUGCCGAUUAGCAAGGAACCCACGUGGAUAUGGGACACGAUGAAUAACUGGCUCAAUACAGCGACGGAUAUUUUCGCGAGCACCGACGAUAUCGAUAAUCAGCAACUGGAGAACAUCAGGGCGAUAAAGUGCAUAGACUUGAAACACGAGAUUGAUUGGUUCAGGUCACUGGUGACGCAGCAAAAACACCCAGUCACAUUCUGCCACAACGACAUGCAAGAGGGCAACAUACUCCUGCAACACAAUACGCGAAGGCCCGAACUGGUACUCAUUGACUUUGAAUAUUGUUCGUACAACUAUCGGGGAUUCGAUAUCGCCAAUCAUUUCGCCGAAUGGCAAUAUGACUAUACAGCGUCGGAAUAUCCUUUCUUUCACGAACGUCCCGCCGGCAGUCCCACAAAGGAGCAAAAGCUCGACUUCAUAAGAGCCUAUCUGAGGACAUUGGGGAAAGAAGGAUCUCUGGAAGAAGAACGCACCAUGAUGGAAGUGAGGAUAUUUUCAUUAGCUAGUCAUUUGUUCUGGGGUCUCUGGAGCAUCGUGAAUGCAAAACUCUCACAGAUUCCAUUUGGAUAUUGGGAUUAUGCUGCUUCCAGAUUGAGGAAUUACAUGUAUCUGAAGGACAAGAUCCUUGCCUCUGAACCACCGGUGAUAGAUGGCAGCUUCAAGAGAAAAUCGAGAGAGAUAGAUUGAAGGGAGAACAAAGUUGAAUCAAAGAAAAAGAUGCAUUUGCAAUUUAUAUAAUGUUCCGCUACAUAAAUAUAGGUAGCUUCGCUCGGUGCGUCAGUUCAAACUGAUGGCCCAAGUUCUGUCGAGUGACCGCUCUGUUCCAACCGAGUUAGUGCCUCAUUCGGCGUCGCGAGUAAGCAUCGUAUCUCGCUGCUUCCUACGUGCGUAGCUGCAUUAAUUUGGAUAUAAGCCAAGUAUGACGCGAGUAAGCAGGGCAGAUCGAGAGUAAGUUGAAAGUCAAUCAUGUGAUAUAGGAUAAGCAUUCAAACGCAUGAAUCGUCAUUCAAUACAUUUAAUUAUACUCGUUAAAUCUCGAUAUUUCUAUGAAAGGCUAAAAGAAGAACGAAAUACUUGAUUAAAAGUACUUAACUUUUCUUAUUCACAAGACUUUUACAUAAAUAAUUACACUUGCAAUUUAAAAAAAGUAAGAGUUAAAAACGUAGCUAUAUAUAUACACACACACACACAACACAAAAAAAAAGGAGAAGCAUACGCUCAACGAAAUUGUGAAGAAAUCUGUAAUUUGUUAAUGCAUUAUUUAAUUUUUUAGCUUUUAUAUAUCUGCAUAUGUAUAUAUAUAUAUAUAUAUAUAUAUAUAUAUAUAUAUAUAUUGUAAAACCCUUUGCUCCCAUCCGAAGCUCGUAUCUCAAUCACGUUAUAUCAGCUUUGAACUCGAUUUGUUUAAUUGUUUCAAAUUGUUACGUGUAACAAUUACCCAUAAAAGUGUAAUAUGUAAAUACGACUAGUGCAAUAUAUGCCAUAGCACGCCAUUUUUCCUUACACCAUAAUUAAGUAUAAGUACUUAACAUUAUAUAAAAAGAGGGCAGCAUUUAACACAUCCACAUUUACUAAUAUCUCUCUUUUUUUAUCUACGAACAAAACAUACGUAAAAUACAUCUUAUGAAUGUGUAUUUUCACAAGUUUCCAAAUAAAAUGUUUUUGUUUCCA